AAACAUAUUUAAUGAAUGCCACUGAUCAAAAUGGAAUUAAGUGAUCUACAGCGUGACCCACCCGCUCACUGCUCCGCCGGACCUGUGGGAGACGACUUGUUCCACUGGCAAGCAACUAUUAUGGGACCUCCUGAUAGCGCAUAUCAAGGCGGAGUCUUCUUUCUCACUGUACAUUUUCCAACAGACUAUCCUUUUAAACCACCAAAGAUUGCUUUCACAACAAAAAUUUAUCAUCCAAACAUAAACAGUAAUGGAAGUAUUUGUCUGGAUAUCCUGAGGUCACAAUGGUCACCAGCUCUGACUGUAUCGAAAGUUUUAUUGUCCAUAUGUUCUCUACUUUGUGAUCCUAAUCCAGAUGACCCCUUAGUACCAGAUAUUGCACAAAUCUAUAAAUCAGACAAAGAAAAAUACAACAGACACGCAAGAGAAUGGACUCAGAAAUAUGCAAUGUAAAAUAAAAAUAAAUUUCAUAUAUACCAGAGUACUGUAAAAUCUAGGUUUUUUUUCAAUAUUAGCAGUAAAUUGAGCACUGUUUACUGUUUCAUUGUAUCAUGAAAUCCUUUGAUUUUUAUCCAUUUUAAAUGUAUUUCUGAAGCAAGACUAAACAAACUUCCAAAAAUACCCUUAAGACUGUGAUGAGAGUCUUUUUGUAUGCAUUGAGAAAGACAUUUACUAUGGAUUUUAGGAUACUUGGACAUCUGCAUCUUCAGCUUACAAGACCUACAAAACAUCUGAAAAGUAACCAAAUUAUUUUUUGCUGAAAUUAGAUGUUUUUACAUGAGAAAUACUGUAUGUGUUGUCUGUGUCGUCAGUUUUAUAAAUCUAUUCAGAUUUCAUUCUUUGUUAGCUCACUUUAUAAUUUGUAUUUUUUUACUGUAUAGACUAAAUAUAUUCUAUUUACAUGUAUGUCAACUCAUUACUUCUUUCCUGUGAACAGUAUUGAAAAAAACCGAACAGCUGAUAAUUAAAUGAAUUAACUGUCUGUCUCCCUUGUCUUAGGGUUUUCUGUGUAGAUCAGUUGCAGAUUUCUUAAACCUGAAUGAUCUUUACACUGUAAUUCUCGGUAUACUGAUUAUGGAGAAACACUUGUUUUGAUUUUGUUAUACUUGACUUAACUUUGUUGCAAUGUGAAUUAAUUGCACGGCUAAGUAGGAAGAUGUGUAACCUUUAUUUGUUAUUCACAUUUGAAUUUUUUUCUGUGUAGGCAAUAUUACAAUGACACCUUUUACAGAUCUUAAUGUAGCUUUUCCAUAUAAAUAAAAUGCUUUUUCUACUACUUGUCUUGAUUACUUAAAAAGAUAAAAUAAUACUUGAUAAGUAAAGGAUCAAAACUCUAUGUUAAAUGUUGCAUGAAAAUUAAUUCCAAAUUGUAAGACUAAGGUCUGUUGAUUUGGCUAAAUUAACUACCCUUAAUUAUAUACAUUCUAUUGCUUUAGCUUUUUAUCUGUUCACUAAACUGUCAGUCUAAAGGUGAUAUAGAUUGGUCCCUUGUUAUAGAAGAGAAUUUCGAAUAAGUUAGGGUUUGUCUUGGAUCACAACUAAAACGGAUUAAUUACUGAAGUACUAAGCUGUGUGCGUAUACGAGAGGGUCACCCACACUGAAGAAAAAUCUGUAUAGACCUGGAGAAUAAUUAGGUUAAUUCAUUAAAAUUCCACUCUAGAUAUAACUGACAUUGCAUUUCUUCACAUUUUAAAAUUAUAAUUUCCAAAAUAGAAUCUUAGUGCCAUUUACUUUGAAAAAGAACAUCUUUUUCUUUUUUCUUUUUUACUAUAGAGAUUAGGGAGAACACUCUAAAAUGAUACUUCUCCUGGCUUUAUAAAUUGCCA